ACCGAUGAGAUCGACUAAAACGCAAAGCAGCAGAACUUGGCGUACAAGGAAGCGAGCGCCUAUGGAACCCUAAUUUAUUUGUCGUUCCAAAGCCAUCGCGUGUUCGGGGACGAUGAGAUUGAUAGCUCUAGUCGCAUGAGCCUCCGAUCCUAAUUGGCUCUUUCGAUGAUUCGGACGACUGGCUCCUCGAUAGCUGCGAUGAGGCCUAUCAGGCUUCCGGAGCCACCGACCGUCUCGACGGGUAUCCCGGAUAUCUUUGAGGGCGGAGUUAACGUCGUCAGACGGGCUAUUGUGAUCGGUAACGGAUUCCCUGGGGCAGAGAACCAGAGUAUUGGCUUAGUUCGUGCCUUAGGGCUGGCGGACAAAUUUUCAAUAUACCGUGUAACCAGACCAAGAGGUGGAGUAAAUGAUUGGCUCCAUUGGCUUCCUGUCUCACUUCAUAAAGUUUUGGAGAACCUAAUCAGACAGAUAUUUGGCAACUCAACAUUUGGCAUGUUGCUUCGAGGGAGGAAGUUGGAUUAUGUUUGUGUUCAGAAUGGUGGAUAUGUUGGUUUGUCAUCCAUUCUGGAGGCAGAUGCAACUAAAAUUGCAAUAAUUGCUCGUGAAACUUUUGAAAAAGAAGGUCCACUCUUGGUAGUUUCUUCUGGUCGGGACACCAUAUCAGUUGCCAGUUCAAUAAAACGCCUAGCAUCAGAAAAUGUUUUUGUCAUUCAGAUUCAACAUCCAAGGUCGAGACUUGACAGGUUUGACUUGGUUGUAACUCCUCGUCAUGACUACUAUGCUCUAACUGCCAGUGGACAACAAGAGAUUCCUCGUAUUAUGAGACGGUGGAUAACACCAAGAGAACCACCUGGCAAGAAUGUGGUCGUCACUGUUGGAGCACUACAUCAGGCUGAUUCUGCUGCACUUCGUAUUGCUGCAACUGUUUGGCAUGAUGAAUUAGCUCCUUUGCCAAAGCCAUUACUUGUAGUUAAUAUUGGAGGGCCCACAAGGAACUGCAAAUAUACUUCAAAUCUCGCUAGACAGUUGGUGGGCUCACUUCAGAAUGUGCUUGCAAGCUGUGGAAGUGUUAGAAUUUCUUUCUCAAGGAGGACUCCUAGAAAGGUUUCUGAGAUUGUACUAAGGGAGCUUGGUGGCCAUCCAAAGAUUUAUAUUUGGGACGGAGAAGAUCCAAAUCCACACAUGGGGCACCUGGCAUGGGCCGACGCAUUCGUCAUCACUGCAGAUUCAAUCAGUUUGGUUAGCGAAGCUUGCAGCACAGGGAAGCCUGUUUAUGUUAUCGGAAGUGAGCAUUGCAAGUGGAAAUUCUCAGCAUUUCACAAGACACUACGUGAACGAGGUUUAGUGCGGCCAUUUACAGGGUUAGAAGACAUUUCGGAUACCUUCAGCUACCCACCUCUGAAUGAUGCUGCUGAAGUUGCUGUUCGGGUUCGCGAGGUCCUUGCUCAAAGGGGGCUUACAUUACGUCGUUAGACAGUCAUACAAUGCCAAAUACACAAGUGGAUUCGACAUGGUCACAGUUGAGACCGUCGAUCAGUUUAUAUUGUUUUGGUUGUUCCUCUUUUGAGUUGAGAAAUAAAAAAAAGAAGUGAAUAUAGUGGCUACAACAGCGGCGUCUAUAUGCUUUUGUAUAUUUGAGCGGUAACACGAGGGGUUAGGCUAAUUAAUUACUAUCAUUAUUGAGAUUUUUUUAUAAGGACAAGGAUCUUUAUUUCUCAAUAAUGAGCAUUGCUGACCUCAAACAAUUAUCAUUGUGAAAUAGUUUUUUUAAAAGCCCAGACGGAUCUUGCUCGUAUGGGAUAGUGCCUAAAGUCAUGGACACAUUUCAAUGGUUGAAAUUGUGGAUCUAUGUAAUCGACCUUUGUACAUGAUUAUCCACCAACUCGUUUUCUAUCA